GAUUUUCAUGAUAUUCAAUUCAUUUCAAUAUGACCAUUAACAAGGUUAGUAUAAAAUUAUCCAAUCUCAUUCAGUGAUUUCUAUUACAAUGAGUGUAUUGGCUACACCAUUUUUAUUCUAUGCCAUAAAUAUGAAAUCAUGUUAGUGUAAUACAUUACAAAUUUAUGAUAAAACAAAUUAUGAACAAAUUCUUUUAUCAUAUAUCAUUUAUAUUGAUUUAUUAUGUCAUCAAAAUCAAUUGUAAUAUCAAUUCAAAAUCAAUAAAUCAAUCAAUUAUUUAUGAACCGAAUUGGAAUUCAUUAGAUAAACGUCCAUUACCAAAUUGGUAUGAUGAAGCUAAAAUUGGUAUAUUUAUACAUUGGGGUGUAUUUUCUGUACCUAGUUAUAGGACUGAAUGGUUUUGGUGGAUGUGGCAAGGUGACAAAACAACAAUGCCUGAAAUACCGGAAUAUAUGCGUAAAUAUUAUGAACCAGAUUUUGCAUAUGCUAAUUUUGCAAAACAAUUUCAUGCGGAAUUUUUCGAACCUGAUAAAUGGGCUGAUUUAUUUCAGAAAUCAGGAGCACGUUAUGUAGUACUUACUGCGAAACACCAUGAAGGUUUUUGUAAUUGGCCGUCUAUUAGUUCAUGGCAAUGGAAUUCAAUGGAUAUUGGUCCAAAUCGUGAUUUGGUCGGUGAUUUGGCUACAUCUAUUCGUAAAAGAACUAAAUUAAGAUUUGGUGUCUAUCAUUCCUUAUUUGAAUGGUUUAAUCCAUUAUAUUUGUACGAUAAAGAAAAUAACUUUACAACACAAACAUUUGUUGAACAAAAAACAAUGCCAGAAUUAUAUGAUUUAGUAUUACGUUAUAAACCAGAAGUGAUUUGGUCUGAUGGUGAUGCUGGUCCAGAUACUUAUUGGAAUUCAACACAAUUUCUUGCUUGGUUAUAUAAUGAAUCACCUGUAAAAGAUACAGUUGUUACAAAUGAUCGUUGGGGUAAUGGUUGCCCAUGUAAACAUGGAGGUUACUAUUCAUGUGAUGAUCGUUAUCAUCCUGGUAAAUUAGUGAGACAUAAAUGGGAAAAUUGUAUGACAUUAGAUUGUUGUUCAUGGGGAUUUAGAAGAGAAAUAACUUUAGAUAAAAUAUUAACACCAGAACAACUUAUUUCUGAAGUUAUUGAGACUGUUACUUUUGGUGGAAAUAUUCUCAUUAAUGUUGGUCCAACUUCAUGGGGAACAAUUUUACCUAUUUAUGAAGAACGUUUAUUACAAUUAGGCGAAUGGUUGUCUAUAAAUGGUGAAGGUAUUUAUGCCACUCAACCAUGGAGAAUUCAAAAAGAACCCAAUUAUGAUUUUGUUUGGUAUACUUAUAAACCUGCAUUGAUUGAUAAGAAUAUAAAUGAAUAUAUGAAAAUGCCAUCUCUUUAUUUAUUGAAUAGAAUAUCUUCUAUGAAACAAAAUCCAUCUAUAGUAUAUGCACAUUUAACAAAAUGGCCAAAUAAAUAUUGUCACAAUUUCACAGAAACAAUAAAUGAUCAAUCAAUACAAACAAGAACAUUUUGUAAAAGAGAAUUACAUUUACGAUCAAUUAAUGCUCAUCCAAAUUUAUCUAAUUUUACUUUAUUAGAUGGAAGUUUAAUUGGUAUUCAAUUAUCUUAUCGAAUCAUGAAUAAAACUACAAUGAAUGGUGUAAUUAUUAAUUUACCUGAUAUAAUUAUGAAUAAUGAUAAUAGAAAUAUAUUGAAAUAUGCAUGGACAAUACGUAUGAUCAAUGUGUUUUAAUAAACUACUGACCUUGGUUUAUGAUAUGAUUCUUAACAAACAAACAAACAAACAAACAAACAAGCGAACAAACGAGCAAACAAACAAAAAGUGUAAACAGUUUACAAAUGUUAAUUUCAAAUGAUUUAAGCAUUAGGUUAAUUGUUUAAAACAAUUAAAACUAACAAUAUUAUUAGUAGUAUCUCAAUGAAAAGAGAAAAAUAAAACUGAAUUUUUAAUGGUUUAUAACUAUGCAGAAGUUGUGUUUGUUUUAGCGGUUAAUAUAAAAUAUAAUUAACAGAGAAUAUACGAGGGUAAAGAGGGGUAUUUUAUGUCAAUAAUGAUCAUCAUACAAUCUGAUUAGUGACAGAUAUAGUUCUGAAGUGUUCAAGAUUCAAUUUUCUGUGAGAUUAUAAUUUAUGAAUGAACCAAUCAGAUUUAACAUAACAGGUUUUGAAUUUUAGCGCGAAAUUAAUUCAUUCAUUUAGCUUUAUUUAGUUUUAUCAAUAUAGUUGAUAUUAUUAUAUGUGAAAAUUAUAUUUUCACAUAUAAUGACUUCUCUAUACUCGGCGCUCAAUUACUGUCAAACUAUUCGUUCUAAUCUUGACGAAUAUUCGUAUAAAUAGUUGAUAUUAGUUCAUGAUGAAAACCCUAUAUUUGCAUCCUGAUCUUAACUAUUAACUGUAAAUAAUAAUCUUAAUUCUUUACACUGGUUUAUAACCUUCAUUUAACCGUAGUAUGCUGUUGAACAUUGUCAGGGUCGCUUUAGCGUCACUCCAAGGUCGUCUAUAAAUUAUAGUCUCACAGUUUUGUUUUAAUUGUUUAAAGACUUGUUCAUUUAGUAUCAUUUCUAAUAUGUAAUUUGAUUAAUUUGAUAUGAUCAUGGAAACUAGAUAAUUUAUAGACUUUGAAUUUCUUGUUUCUAUGUAAAUCGAAUAAAAAUUUCGAAAUUAUGCUUCUUUUUUUUUCUUUAAAUAACAGUUUUUCUGUUUUGUUUUGUUUUUUCUUGUAUGUAUUGUAAAGUUUGGCUUUUAAGGAAAAAAAUUCGAUC